AUGACCGACACCGCUCCCACACCACCAGCGCCCGCCAACCCGCAACGGCUUGACGACAUCACCGAGGGCUUCGCCGUUCGAGGGCGCCAGAGCGACGCUGAUAUGGCAGCCGACGUCAUGUCUCACCGCGGAGACGCAGCGUCGGCAGGCUACAUGGGCUCUAACCGCACCUCCCUGCCCCCGCUCGUCACCUCCCCGCCAUCCCACGCAAAGCUGGAGCGCGCGAGCUCCUACGCCAGCAAGCGCGUGUCCACAUUCUCCACCACGUCCAAUGCACAUGCAGCCGCUCCUCGGUCACGGCCACAGUCGGUCGCUUUCCCUGCCUUCCAUUCGAGCCUGCCCUAUGCGCUGGUACGAGACUUCGCAUACGAGCCCGAGCACCCCCUCUAUUACGGGCCCCUCCCGCAGGAACAGCGCUCGGGCGCCUCGACGCCAGCGAGCGAGGCCAACCGAAGGCUCUCGGACCCCCCGCCAGUUGCAUGGCGCACAGACCGCGGGUCUAGGGCCUCUGGCCCGCAACACCUAGGCCUGGGCGAGCAGCUGCCCAUGACCUCGUUCGGCGAUGGUCCUCCGUACAGCGAAGAUGAAGACCUUGCCAGUCCUGUAGUCACGAGCCACCAUAGCGCAAGGCACAAGAAGCAAAAGUCGAACCAGGUCGAUUUCGACCAGACUCGCGGGCGGCGCGCGCCCGAAGAACAUAGACGGAGCUCGGUCACUGGAGUCCACGGCGAAGGGAGCUAUUACCCCAGCCACGUCAACGAUGCAGCCAAUGGGAUUGGUGGUGAGUACAUCACCUACCCUCCCAGCUCAUCCUCGAACCUCGACGUACCAGAGGGUGCGUCUCGACGAGACUCGCACUUUGCUGCGAUCCUGCCACAGCGCUCGUACGCCAAUGAGGAAGGGCCCCCGUACGACUCAGACGAGGACAUGUCCGAGCCUGGCGACUACAUUCGCGACGACAACCGCUUUUCUCGCGAUUAUCAAUUCACAAUUGCCUCGCCAGACGAGGAGAUGCACGGAAAAGCAGUGGCGCUGUUCGACUUUGCACGAGAAAACGACAACGAGCUGCCCCUCGUCGAGGGCCAGAUCAUAUUGGUGUCCUACAGGCACGGACAGGGCUGGCUGGUAGCGCAAGACCCAAAGACUGGAGAGAGUGGGCUGGUGCCUGAGGAGUAUGUGCGUUUGCUGCGCGACAUAGAAGGGGGUUGGAAUGGUCUUAUGAACGGUGCUGUGCAAGCACAAGAAGCAAACCCAGGUUUGGACAGUCUGCUCAGCCCUCUCUCGGCGGGCCCAGAGGCCAAGACUCCUACACAGGCCGACCACUCCUCGUACACGCCCGUCAUCUCCACCUUCUCCACAAGCCACAAAGACCUCGAGCCCUAUCCCAAGGAUAGGCUCGCCACACCGACAAACCCCGAGGGAGGAAGUUUCGGUCAAGGGAAAGAAGGUGGCCCUAUGGAGGGCGUCGAGAGUACGCCCGAGCCUCAGUCCAAGCACCAGAAGUCAUGA